AUGGGCGUGGAUCCGUCACCUCUGGAAAGCAUAAUGCCGGAGCUAGCAGGCGAGACCAGCUGCACGCGCUGGGCGCGCGACAGACGCGUGCUUUGCGCGUUGUUGGAGCUCACCAGGCCUAAUGAAGUUCAUGAGAUGCUAACUACCGAGGAGCCGGAAGUUGAGGAAACGAACGAAUCAGUAGCCGAAGAACAAGAGGGCACAAUUGUAUUGGACCCGAACGCCGUGCACGAGCUGGCAACGCGUGGCGACGACGAGACCUUGUCGGCUUUGCUUAAGGUAGUUUUUUUAAAACUUUUAUUGGCUCUAUUAUCUUGCUCUAUUUUAAGACUCGAAACUUAUUUUUUAAAUCUAGGAGCCGCAGCCUGGUCGGGUCACGAAGCUGUAGUAAAUCGCCUCCUAGCGGCAGGUGCGAAUCCAGACAAGGCAGACGCCGAAGGCCGGACCCCUCUUAUCGCAGCAGCUUAUAUGGGACACGCGGAUAUUGUACGAGCCUUAUUGGACGCUGGUGCUAACAUUGACCACGCUGAUGAGGAUGGUCGAACCGCAUUGUCUGUGGCUUCCCUUUGCGCGUCCGGCGGUGCCUGCGCAGCCCUCCUAUUGGAGAGAGGCGCUGAUGUCAUGAAAGCGGACAGAGAUCGUGCCACGCCUCUGCUCGUCGCCGCAUUUGAGGGACACACCGAAAUUUGCGAGCUUCUGCUGGAAGCAGAAGCCGACAUCGAGUCGGCGGACGUGGGCGGGCGUACGGCGCUGUGGGCCGCGGCGUCGGCCGGCCACGCGCGCACCGUGCGGCUGCUGCUGUUCUGGGGCGCCUGCGUCGACAACAUGGACGGCGAGGGGCGCACCGUGCUCAGCACGGCGGCGGCGCAAGGCAAUGUGGAAGUAGUUCGACAGCUUCUAGAUAGAGGCUUGGACGAGCACCAUAGAGACAAUUCUGGAUGGACGCCGUUGCAUUAUGCUGCUUUUGAAGGUCACGUUGAAGUAUGCGAGGCUCUUCUAGAAGCAGGUGCGAAGGUAGAUGAGGCAGACAACGACGGCAAAGGGGCUCUCAUGCUGGCCGCACAAGAGGGUCACACAAGACUUGUAGAGGUGUUGAUUGACGACUGGAACGCACCUGUCGACCAACGGGCGCACGACGGAAAGACUGCGCUUAGACUAGCAGCCCUAGAAGGUCACUUCGACACGGUGCAAGCCCUGUACACGCGCGGCGCUGACGUGGACGCGCUGGACGCCGACCGCCGGAGCACCCUGUACGUGCUGGCGCUGGACAACAGGCUGGCCAUGGCGCGGUACCUCAUCUCGCAGUGCGGCGCCCGGGUGGACACCACGGACAGCGAGGGACGAACACCGCUCCACGUGUCCGCGUGGCAAGGACAUACGGAUAUGGUCAAUUUGCUUAUCAAAGUUGGCGGCGCGCUAGUGGACGGGCGCGACCGCUGCCUGCGCACGGCGCUGCACGCGGCUGCGUGGCGCGGGCGCGCGGCCGUGCUGCGCGCGCUGCUGAAGCACGGCGCCGACGCGGCCGCCGUCUGCACGCAGGGCGCCACGCCACUUGGUAUAGCGGCGCAGGAGGGGCACGAGGAAUGCGUUCUGUGGUUAUUACAACAUGGUGCCGAUCCGUUACAAGCAGAUCAUUGUGGGCGCACGCCGGGCAAGGUGGCGUGGCGCGCCGGCCACGCGGGCAUCUGCCGCCUGCUGGAGCGCGUGUCGGGCGACGCGCUUGCGCCCGCCGUGCCCUCUGCGCCCGCGGCGCCCCUCGACGACGCAGUCCGGCCCAACAGGACUGGCUCACCCGAAUACAAACGCCGAAGCGUGCACAGCUCUAACUCAACAAAAUCGUCGUCGAACUUAACCGGCGGCUCGGGUCGGUCACACGACCACGCCGACCAAAACGAUCUGACACACUCGCAUGAAAAAGCGAACCGCGCGAAUUUGUCGCUCUCGUUUGCGCAGCAAGUGGCGCGUGUAGGCCGUGGCAGGAGGGACAAAGACAGGGACAGCGUCAUUCCCGAACAUCACGCUGUUCAACAGGACUCCAAACUGAGAAGCUACGUGGUCAACGAACGGGACACGGACCUCCGCGGCUACGCGCGCGAGCGAGACAGAAGACGCGAGGAGCGCCACGGCGCGGGGAGGGAAAGGGACAACGCUAGUCCGCUCUAUGCGUCCCCACCGCGCAGCCCCAUCAGCGACGUCUGUAGUCCCACUCAGCCUAAUGUGGCAUUUGGCUCGCAGCCGCCUAGCCUGUCGGCCGCACCCGCUGCGACGGACACGCACUUCAACCGCGACACGCACAUGCGCAUUAUCCUCGGCCGCGACACCAAGCCGCCCGAACGAAACGACAGCGAGGCGCUCUCACGUUCUCGGCUUACGUACAGCCGCCUCGUGGGCAGCCUCGGGCGGGCGCGCGGCCGGAUAUUUAAGAAAAC